CAGAUGAUCGAUACGAUGUCCAUAAGCCUCACUUCCUUUGGUCUCGUCCUAAGCUUCGGACAUCGGUCACCUCGGCCUCUCGGCCUCCGCCAGCAUGAAGCCCCGAAGCAUACGCUGCAUGAAGUUUUUCCUCACAUUAUUCAAUAUUAUAUGUAUCCUUUUCGGUCUCAUCUUAAUGGCGAUCUGCGUGAUGAACAUGCGUGAACGCAAAUCUCGCCCCGACGAACAGGCGGCCUUGUCACGAGGGGUGCUGUCUUUCCUUUUGACCCUGGGAUUAUUUCUCGUAGUCACUGCGGUGCUGGGCUGUAUUGGAGCCCUUCGGGAGCAUGUGAAAAUAUUAUACGUGCAUGCCUGCUUCUUCAUAUUCCUCGUAUCAGUGGAAGUUGUAGUAGGGGUGGGGGCAGCCGUGCUCAGUGCCUGGGUGGGAGGGGGCAGCGAGAUGCGCAUGCAGUUCUACCGCAACGCUACGAUCGAUGAUGAAGUUGUCAGCCAUCGGAAUUAUUGGGAUAACUUGCAGUCAGAGAAUCAAUGCUGCGGCGUCGACGGCCCUCAAGACUAUGCUAUCAUCCACCGUGACAUCCCACCUUCGUGCUGCUCCCGCGCUCAUGGCCUUCGAGAAGGUGGUGCUCGAAAACACCUUCAUGCUACCUGCUUGGCUGAUCGGUCUUACUAUGCAAGGGGAUGUGAGGAAGCGAUGAGACAGAAGAAGGCCUUGAAAGGAAAUAUCUUCAUUACUACUGGAGUUAUAUUUGCUUUGCUAGAGAUACUUUGCAUCGUAUUGGCGCUUUGGAUGGCCAGGACAAUACGAGUGGAACGUCGAAAGCUUCAGCAAAAUCUACAAGCACAUUUCGAAAACUAAUAAUCAGCAUCGCACUGAAUAGGAUGUAAGUAAAUGUUUAAGAACACCAUUAUGUUUAAGAACAAUUUUUUAUGUAAAAUUGAGUAUGAUUGAGAAUUGGCUGACACUUUUAUAUUAAAAACAAACAGUACCUAUAUUAUAAUUGGUCUGGUAGCCAUUUUUGUUCACACUCAGAAUAAUAAUGCAAGUGUACUUUGCAUGUAGCAAAGGCUGAAGGACUAACUUCCCACAGCUUUCAGAUAACACGUGUUAUUAUCACUGUUAUUUCUUGCAAUAAUUCUUAUAAAAAAAUAUAUUUAAAAAUAUGGGUCUCCAUACAAGUUACUCAUUAGGGCCGCUAUGGCCGCCGUCUUGAAUAUCUUACUUCCGGUCAUGAUAUCGAUCGGGCCAACGGCAAUUUGCAAUUCGGAUUCAGCGGGGUCAAAUUAGGUAAAAAAACCCGGUUGCCAAAAAGUAAUAUGAUUUGUCAUUCGCAUCAAGAAAGAGAGCGAUUUUGAGAUUUUUUACUAGAAUGAAAUGUUUCGGAUGAGUAUCUGAGAAUGAACUUAUAAUUUAAAUUACUUAAAUAUGAUAAGUAUUGAUGUUGCUGUAUAUUUACUUGUCAAUGUAGCAAUGAAAUUAGUCGUGUUUAUUUCGGUCGAAUAUUACUAAUUAAGAUUUUAAUUCGUAAUAGUUAAAAUGCACAAUGAAAUUGAACUUCGGGUGCUGUCACGGUAGAUGUUACCUUUUGCACUUGAAACGUACAACAGAGUUCUAUGAACCGUAGCUGUAUCCUGUGAUAAUAAGUAGGUUUAAGCAAAUCAGCUGAGGCUAUAGAGCCACAUGGGACCAAUUAUGUGAAUCUAGAACUAUUAAGACACGCACAGUUGAAUUAAUCUGUAUCGCCAUUUUCUCUUCUUCAGUCGAAUCUAGUGCAUUCACUUGUUAUCACAUUAGUAAUUGAGCUGUAUGCUUCUCAUAUGAAUUAUGCAUCAAUAUCUGAAGGAUUAUAUAGUUCUUCAUAGUUAGUAAUGUAAAAUAUAUAUUUUCGUCGCAUCAGUGCAUUUCUCAAUUAAGAAGUUGUAGUAAUUCGAUGGUUGGUAAAUUGUUAGUAAUAUAUAAUAUUUCACGGUAAAAAAAAUUGUCUUAAUUUUCAAAAAAGCCUGCUACAUUAAAAACAGGUUAUAGAUUAGUGAUUCUAUAGAUAUAUUAAUAAGUACACUUUAAUUUAUGAAUCGAACAAUAUUAUUACACGCACUAUAAUAUAACUUUUAUAAUAUUUUUUUUUUGUAGAAACACUAUUUUCGCUAUCAUUAUUUUUGUUAGUGAUUCUUUAGUGCGUAUGACUCUCUUCUAAACGUCAAUAGUAUAUUUAGAACUAUACCUAAUUAGAAAUCAUCAAACUAAUACUCAUUAACAUUUUAUCUUCUAAGGGGAAAGUAACUUACGCCAAAUGUGACCUUAUUGUGUAGCUAUCCACCAUUAAAGAUACAGUAAUCAAUUCAACUGGAUUAUUUAUAAAUGCCUUAACAGAUGUUAGAUUCCCGCAGUGCAUUAUUAAUUUUAACCAGUCGCACUAUGCACUAUAGGUACAUAGCUUUACCGUGUAGCAAACGAUCGAAAACGAAUUUACGUAGUUUAAGUC